CAGCCUCACAACCUCACAGCCUCGCCUCCUACCCCUCCUUUUAUUGUAACAUAAUCAAUAUAGACUGUUUUCUUUUUUUCUGCCUUGUUUCCAUAGAAUCAUGAAUUUAUUCGCAGAAGCAUACCUAACCCCGUCUCUCCAUUUUCGCCGAAACCGUCCAAGCAGUGUACUGUUGGAGACAAAAAUUUGGCCCAGUAUCGCUGCGACAACUUAUACCAAGACCCGAAUAUGGACUUUCAUCAGACAGCGCUCAGCUCCUUGAACUCUCUUUGUACACCGGAAGUAGCAGAUUCCGGCGAGCUUCAACCAAUCUUGGAUCAGGCCUUUGAUGUGAUAUCCGACAUUCUCUAUUAUGACUUGAAAAAAGAACAAUGGGCUCGAAGACCGAGAACAUAUGCUCUUCUCUCCAUGAUUCACGCCGUCAAAGAGAUGGAUGCUUUCAUAAGUUUAGGCCAUACAGAUAUCUCCCUACCUUACGAAACCAAAACCAGCCUACCUCGCGAUCUGCAGUCUCCGGAGAUGUUCAGCAAAUUCUGCCAGUUCCAACACUAUGUAUUGAGCACUGCAUACGACCUGGAGAAAGGAGGGCAUUGCACUGUCAAAGAUGGCAAUUCUUUCUUCAAGUCUAACAUCGAGAAGAUCGGUAAAGGUGGUUCUGGAACCGUCGAAAAGGUCCAGAGUAAACUCACUGGCAUCAUUUACGCUCGCAAAAGAAUGAGACGAAUAAAGAAAGGCAAUGGACGAGAAGUCUUCAAACGAUUCGAAAAGGAACUUCAUACUCUCCGAAAGCUUUCCCACGAUCAUUUAGUUGCGGUCAAAGGAAGCUAUACUGACUUGAACUAUGUCGCCCUACUCAUAACACCUGUUGCAGACUGUAAUUUGAAGAAAUAUCUCCAACAACCAUUACCGGAGUGUGACAAGUCUGUCUUUAGGACUUAUUAUGGCUGCCUCACAAAUGCUGUCAGAUACCUCAAAGACAGCCAGAUUCGCCACAACGAUAUCAAGCCAGAGAAUAUUCUGCUUCACAAUCAGCACAUAUACAUCGCAGACUUUGGUACCGCGCUGGAUUGGUCAGGGACUGAGUUUUCCAAUAGCGUCACAAAAGGAAAUAUCACCUCCGUUACACCUCGGUAUCAAAGCCCAGAAGUCAAUUCAGGGGCUCCUAGACGGUCCUCCAAUGACAUAUGGUCGCUUGGCGUUGUAUUUCUUGAAAUGACAACGGUACUCCGAGGCAAAACCCUGAAGAAUUUGGAAGACCAUUUCCAUAGAAACGGAACCGCAAACCCUUUCGUCUUCCACAACUUAGAUGCUGCUAUCAGCUGGUUUCGAGUCUUGCAACCCAUGCCGGGACUUUCGGAUAACACUCCACUCCAAUGGAUAAAAGAGAUGAUCAGUAAAGAUCCCAUCAACCGUCGUACCGCAGUCGAUCUUUUUGAAGAUAUUGGUGAAGCUGAUGGUGGAAUCUGGUGUGGCAGAUGUUGCAAGGAAACAGAAUCUGAAUCCGAAAGUAUGUCGGAUACAGAUGAAGACAUGGACAACACGAUUAGACCCGAUCUUCCAAUGCCGGUACAAAAUAAAGAGGUCAUGGAACCUAGUCAUUUGUCGCCCUUAUUACAACCUGCUAGGAAAGCAGACGAAUAUACCCUCCAAGACUCUAAGAUAGUGAUCGAGGCAGAGGAAGUAGAAAAAAACAUAAGCCAGGCCUCAAAGCCAAAUUUCGAGUACGCUGUACCAUCACCGUAUACGUACGUCAACUAUCCGCAACAGGCUUCAAUUGAGUAUGAUACACAGUUACUUCCUGGUGCUUUUCCAGAAACGCCAGACGAGGAGCUUCCCCUCAUUAUCACAGUUGAACCAUGUACGUAUAAUCCGGCGCCAGUUCUGGAAAAAGACAAGGAUAUUACGUUCGAAUCUGAGCCUUCAAUUCUCCCUCAGAACGUCAUUACAGCGCCUGUGAAGGACAGCAUAGAGAUUGUGUCGAUCGUGGAAGAGAAUAGGGAUAUACCAAUCCAACCCGAUGCUUUGAAUGUCCUUCAGCAAGCCACUACAGCUCCAGUGCAGCAUACCAGUGAUCUUGCGCCAGUCGUGGAAGAUAAUGGGGAUUUGCCAACCCAAACCAAUGCUUUAAACAUCCCUCAGAAAGCCACUGCAGCUCCUGUGCAGGACAACGAGGAUCUUGCGAUGGUCGUAUGGUUUCCGCCUAUUGUAGAAGAGAAUAAGGGUUUACCAAUCCAAUGCGAUGAUUCAACCCUCUCUUUGCUACCUACUGAGGCUCCUAUACAGAAUCACAUACAGCUUACGCCGUUUGCUCAACUCAUAUGGACAAAUUCUGAUGACAUCCACACUUCGCCAUCUUACAUUCUCAAAACCCGCAUCCGUCGGAGAAGAAGCUAUGAUAAUUUAAAUCAUAUUUCUAUUGCUCUACUGCAGAAUAUGUCCUCGGUGGAUAAUGAUCGAUUACGGCGGAGCACUAGCUACGAAUCUCUACAGGACGACUAUGAAAAUCUCGUACCGGAUACCUUUAUGAGGAUUAAGGAAGAAUUAUUAUCCUUUCGUCUUAGCCCUCUGUGGGUGGGGAAGCUCUUAAAGAUUCAAAGGGCUUCCAACCCCCCCGAACCCGACAAAGGUGAGAGCCCGAAGUACCAACCAAAAUCCAUACCUCUCGAAGAAAAUGGCAUAAAGAAAUGGCUCAGCAACAUGCGUGCGCCUUCAUCGUCUCCACAAAAUAGCCCAAUCGUCUUACAAGGGCCGUCAAUAAACAAGAAGGAGCCACAGCCAACAGCUACUAGGAUGAGCCCUGAGGUUUCUCUCCCGCUUACCGCGGGAAACCUUGAUGACCUCAGUCACAAGCCCAAGGUAAAGGAGAAAAUCAAACCAGUGAAUACCAAUAUUUACAUGAAAAGGAUGGGCCCUGAGGUUUCUCUACCGCUUACCGCGGGAAAUCUUGACAACCUCAUUCACAAGCCCAUGGCAAAGGAGAAAAUCAAACCAGUGAAUGCUAGUAUUUACAUGAAAAAGAUUUGGGAUGAUGCGGCUUCAUCUGCCCCAACAUCUGUUAUGUCAUCUCGAACAGCAAAACGCUUUAGCAGUGCCGGUGUCUUCUUGCCAUGGCAAGACAAGACACUCAAUUUCUUAGGUCAAUAUACAAAGGAAGGUAGUGUAUCUGCUGUCCGUCUGCUUCUUAAAUCUGGCUGUAACCCUGGUAAGAAAGGAGAACCACGUUGGGAACCCAUUUUCAAUGCGGUAAGAGGAGCUAGUGAUAGGCAUGUAAAAUGCGUCCGUGAGCUCAUCAACUAUGGUGUUGAUGUCAACGCAAAGAACAAGGUAUCCAGACGGACUCCACUUCAGUAUGCGAUUGAGCAUGAAGCGUGGAGUGGAUAUUCAAAUCUCAUUUACAUACUCCUUGCGGCAGGUGCGGACCCAAAUAUCAAAGAUGCAAUGGGAGAUGUCCCGCUAUUGCAGAUCCUCUAUGGUGGAAAUGAGCCAUUGCCGAAACAUAGAAGAGAUGCUUUAGCUCUUCUUCUGGCACCAAACUACAGUACAGACAUUAAUGUUUCGCCGCCUGGAACAAUGAAUGGGCCCCUACAUCUUGCAGUGCGACGAAAGGAUCCUUGGGCAGUUGGUAUGCUCUUGGAAAAGAAUGCGCCUGUGGAUGGCGAAAACGGAGCUGGUCUCACCCCGCUUCAAUUGGCGAUGGGGUCUUGGACAGCAACGACAAACCACGAUCAGCUAGAAAUCUUGCGUCUUCUUCUCGAAAAGAAAGCCAAUGUCAAUGUCAAAAAUACGACAGAUGGAAGAACACCAUUGCACAUCGCAAUCUCUCUAGAGAUCAUUGACGCUGUGAGAAUGCUGUUGCAGCACGGUGCCAAAAGAAGUAUCAAAGAUGGGAGUGCCAAGUCUGCAAGACAACUCUAUCAGGAGCAGGCCAAGGCUCAUAAGAAUUGUAAAAAGUGUCCGGAAGUCAAGACGCUGAUGGAGGAUAAUUCGAUAGGCAAUCUCUGAAGGAAAAAAACGAAAGGGUAUACCAUGCUUAUAGUGCUGUUGGCAACUAGCGAUAUUAGUAAUAUCUAUUCUGGGGUUUUGAUAUUUGUUCAAUUUGCACA